CGCCAACCGCCGGCCGACCCAGCGGCUUCUCGGGGCGGGCGGGGGAGGGCGCGCCGAGGCUCGCUCGGGAGAAGUGGCCGCCGAUGACGGCAGAGGUGCAGCCGGCCCCGCGCGCGCAGCCCCCUCCCCCUCGCCCUCCUCCUCCUCCUCCUCUUCCUCCUCCUCCUCCCGGCUCGUCGGCGGCGCAGAGCAGCGGCGGCAGCGGCGGCGGCGGCAGCAGCCACCCGAUGUCUUCGGCGCCCGACAAGCAGCAGCCACCGCACGGCGGCGGCGUUGGCGGCGGCGGGGGAGGCGGCGCGGCCAUGGACCCCGCGUCGUCCGGCCCCUCCAAGGCCAAGAAGACCAACGCCGGCAUCCGGCGCCCCGAGAAGCCGCCCUACUCGUACAUCGCGCUCAUCGUCAUGGCCAUCCAGAGCUCGCCCACCAAGCGCCUGACGCUCAGCGAGAUCUACCAGUUUCUGCAGAGCCGCUUCCCCUUUUUCCGCGGCUCCUACCAGGGCUGGAAAAACUCGGUGCGCCACAACCUCUCGCUCAACGAGUGCUUCAUCAAGCUGCCCAAGGGCCUCGGGCGGCCCGGCAAGGGCCACUACUGGACCAUCGACCCGGCCAGCGAGUUCAUGUUCGAGGAGGGCUCCUUCCGACGGCGGCCGCGCGGCUUCCGAAGGAAAUGCCAGGCGCUCAAGCCCAUGUACAGCAUGAUGAACGGGCUCGGCUUCAACCACCUCCCCGACACCUACGGCUUCCAGGGCUCGGCCGGCGGCCUCUCGUGCCCGCCCAACAGCCUGGCGCUCGAGGGCGGCCUGGGCAUGAUGAACGGCCAUUUGCCGGCCAACGUGGACGGCAUGGCCUUGCCCAGCCACUCGGUGCCCCACCUGCCCGCCAACGGCGGCCACUCGUACAUGGGCAGCUGCGGCGGCGCGGCGGCCGCCGAGUACCCGCACCACGACGGCUCGGUGCCCGCCUCCCCGCUGCUGCCGGCCGCCGCCGGCGGGGUCAUGGAGCCGCACGCCGUCUACUCGGGGUCGGCGGCGGCCUGGCCGCCCUCAGCCUCGGCGGCGCUCAACAGCGGCGCCUCCUACAUCAAGCAGCAGCCCCUGUCCCCCUGCAACCCCGCCGCCAACCCCUUGUCCGGCAGCCUCUCCACGCACUCCCUGGAGCAGCCGUACCUGCACCAGAACAGUCACAACGCCCCAACUGAGCUGCAAGGCAUCCCGCGGUAUCAUUCGCAGUCGCCCAGCAUGUGCGACCGCAAGGAGUUCGUCUUCUCCUUCAACGCCAUGGCGUCCUCGUCCAUGCACUCGGCCGGCGGCGGGUCCUACUACCACCAGCAGGUCAGCUACCAAGACAUCAAGCCGUGCGUGAUGUGAGGCCGCGGCCCCGGGGCCCUCUCGCCACGCGUCGCCAGGAACUGUGCUUUAUUCUCGAGGUAUAACCGUCGGCAGAAGAAAAGGGUUUGAGCCCUCCCCCAACCGGAUUAUUUGGAAAGGAAACCUCAACUCGAAGGCCGGCGUCAGCACCCCUCCACCAGCCCCCCCCCAAAAUGAAAAGAAAUGGUGGUGGUGGACUUGCUGGAGCCGCCGGCCAAUAAAUACCUAUUUUUGAUCCGAUUGAAACCGGCUGAGAAGGUGCUGAGUUGGGGGAAACCCUCAAAAUAUAAACAAGAAUUCUGCUGCGGCCCCCCCUCCUCCAUUGGCAUAAAUGGAGGAGGAUUUUUAGAAGAAAAGCAAACGUGAGCGCAAUCAUUAUCAAACACUUUUAUUUUCUGGUUGAAUAUUUAUCUUUUAAUUUUUAAUUUUUGGAGGAAGAAUGUCUUGGAAUGCACAAGUUUUGCCUUUUUUUUGAGGGGGGGAGGCAAGAGAUCGCGUUCUCCCCCCCCACCUCCGAUGUCGCCUCUGAUCAACCACAGGUGGAUGUUUUUGCGACCAACUUGCAUUUCCGAAGCCACUGCUCGUCUUAAAAAAGAAAACAGAAGGAGCCAAGAAGCAGCGGCUGUCCGUGCCUCUGUCGUCCCCUCCGCCUCCCUGUUUCCUUCUCUUCGGCCUGUUUUGUUUUAUUUUGAAUUUUACUUUGACUUUUUCUGUAUUUUUUCUCCUCCCUCGCAAGACUCGCCGUCUCCCGAUCUCUACUGUAAAUUUUCCGGUCCGAGAAGGAGGCGAGCGGUGGCCGAGGGCGUUCAGGAUUGCGGUGACGCAGAUGGUGAAGGCACUUUUUAAAACUCUAGCAAGGCUCAUCCUGUUAUUUAUUCUACUUUCUUUCCCUAGUAAUCAAAACACCGCACAGGCUCCUCCGUUUAUCAGUAUUAAUGGUGUAAAUUUGUUGGCAAUAUUUGCCGUGUAGAGUUGUGUUGUUUUUUUUUGUUUUGUUUUGUUUUGUUUUUUAGACAUCCAUUGUAAAUUUGAAACAAAGUCCAAUCUGUGUAAAAACAAAUUUCCAUAUGUUUUAUAUAAAUAUAUAUAUAAUGAAAGACUACCCUCCAUUUUUUUUUUUUUUUUUUUUUUUUUAGUAUUUUGGCUGCGGGGGUGCAGCGUUUGUGACACGUAUUUUAAAUUUCCUGCACUGUAUAAAAUGACAAUUUGAAGAUGUUUGGCCUUUUGUGUAUUUUUUUUCCUAAAAAAAGAACAAAAAUAAAAAUGUGUAAUAUUUGUA